AUGAAUACUUCACGAAAACGAAUAUUGCCAUCAUCGAUUCCAUCGAUUGUUCCACAAAAUUUACAUGAACCAAUUAAAUCAGAAAUACAAUUGUCAAACAAGAAUCCAUUAAAGGUAUUGUACAUUAUUGCAAACAAAUCCGAGUAUAGUGAUGAUAAUUUCUUAGAGAAAGAAUAUAAAAACAUUAUUCUGAAAUACAUUCGAAAUGAGAGUACAAAAUUGGAAGAUAUAAUUGUCGACAAAGAUCGACCUAUUAUUUUUGCUAUUUGUAAUAUUGACAGUGAAAAGAAAGAAGAAAAUGAACAUUGGAUAACAUUUUGUAUUGUAAAAUCUAGUGAAAAGUAUUAUGUGUUUAUUAUACAUUCAUUAAAAUCUGAAAUGUAUAAAAGUAGAAAAAAUGAAUUAAAAGAAGGUAUCAAAACAAAAUUGAACAGUAAACAGAUUGAAUUUAUUGAGUAUGAUGAUAAUAAUAAUAAUAAUAAUAAUAGUAGAGAAGAAUCUAGUGUUAUUUGUAUGAAUAAUGAUAUUCAUAUAGCUUUUAAUAAUAUGAAAAUUUUUAUUCAAUUUUUAAAAAAUGAAAAAGAAAAAGAAAAAAUUAAACAAAAAUUUAAAGAAAUAAAAUUUUUUUUUAGUAAUAAUGAAAUUAUUAAUUUUAAUAAAUUAGUAAUAAAAAUAGGAUUAAGUACAAAUUUUCGAACAAAAUUUGUGUUAGAAAAAAUUUUGUCUGCUUUAAAAAAUGUUGUUGAGAAAGAUGAUGAAUAUCAAUUAGUUGAUGAUGAUCAAUUUAAUAGAUUAACGAGUACAUUAACAAGUCUAAAUUUUGUGCCAAGAAAUGAUGAAAAAAUUGAUCUUAGAGAAGAUGUCAUCAAAUUUAUUACAAUAUUUAAAGACAGAGGAAAAAUGUUUAGUGAAAUUACUGAAACAAAUUUAAAAACAUAUUUUCAAACAAAUAAAAAUAAAUAUUCAAAUGAUAUUGAUAGAUUUGAUGAAAAACUUCGUCAAGAUAGUAGAGAUAGUCGAAUAAAAGGUUGUUUAAGUCUUGCUCUAAAAGAUCGAACACAAUUUUUAAGUAG